ACCACGUGUGUCCUUGGCGUGGACUAGAAGGAUUCAUCUAUCCCGUCGCUGCGGCAUAAGGAAAGCGGCCUUUGUCGCUCGUUGUCCCCCUUUGCUGGAGAAUACGAGACAUCGGUCUUAUCCCGUCCGAGACAGUAGAGACAAGUGAUUGGCUCGCGCUACUCGACAGCUAUUGGUUCCGCAGCGGGACAAGAAGAAAAGAGCACCGGCUGGGAAGCCUAGAGAGAAGGAAACGAGAACAUAUAUCACGAUCCACAACACAUAAUAGUAAUUCAAGAUGCCGACCCUGUUUGAGAAGAUCCAAGCCAAGAUCGAGCUGUUCCGGCUCGAGCAGCGGUACACGCGCAACCGCCACCGCCGCUCCGCCUUCAUCAGCAACGCCAUCUACGUUGACGGCGAGUACAUCUACCAGACCCCCAACGCUACCGGCUCGUCGACCAACAGCUCGUCGACCGCCAACUCCUCAGCCGUCUCGUCGCCUGUCGAGGAAGAAUCGCCCUACGGUAGCUCGCGGCGCCGCAGUGUCGAGGUCCGGAGCAACACCUACCCGGACCCUCAGACCCCCGCUCAGAAGAAGCGGCUGAACCGCUUCUCCUCCAUGCCUGGCUUCGGCAGUGGCUCCUCCACCACGAAGAGACGCGAAUGGCGGCCCACCACCUACGACGUCAGGGAGGUGCGGUGAGAGGCGGGCGCAAGAACGGCCUAGAGCCGGCGGUCGGUGGUGGGAGAGGAUACAGGCGGGUACUGCGGCGGGCUCUGUACCGGCUACGAAUGAGGGAUCAAACGGUGAAGAGGCAUGAGAUGCGUCGACACCGAUUGGCGAGGAAAUGGGGGGUGGCUCCUGUGUGGAUAUACCCAAGUUUUGAGGUGGAGGGUGAGGGCGGGAGACGACGAGCAGGUUCAGGAGCUUGGUGAGCUCUGAGAAGCCACCGUGACUCUCUCACGAA